AUGAAAUGUGAUAAUAAUCUUGUAAACAAAAUGUCAUUAUCAUUAUCUCAUAUAAUAUCGUAUCGUUUAAAAUUAACAUUUUACUAUUAUCGUUGGUCUAUUCGUCAAUUUUUACCAUAUAUUCAUAUUCAUUCAUCAUUAAAAUUUCGACAAUCAUUAAAUUUAAAAUCUAUUUUUUUAAUCUAUUUUUUCAUUCAAAUUUCAUUUAUGUUUUCCUUUAUAUCAACUUGUCCAAUUCCAUUUGCUUUACAAACAAAAUGUCGAUGUGCUAUUCAAGAAACGGGCACCGUUUAUAUCUAUUGUGCUAGAAAACAAUUAACGCAAAUACCACACUUUAAUAAUAGUAAUAUACUAUUUGAUGAAUUAGUAUUAUCUGGUAAUCUUAUUUCAAUUAUACAAUCGAAUGCAUUUUCUGGUUUAAAAUUACGUAAAUUAGAAUUACAUUCAAAUCCUAUUGUUAAAUUUGAAAUAAAUGCAUUUAUUGAUUUAGCAAAUUAUUUAGAAGAAUUAAUUUUAUCUUCUACCGUUUCAUUGAACAGUAAUUAUGAUUUAAAAACAUCACAAUUUAUACAAAUUUUACAAGAAUUACCAAAUUUAAAACGUUUAUCAAUACGUUCAUUUGAUUUAUCUAAUUUUUUAUCAACAUCUAAAUCUUUAAUUUCAAUGAAUAGUGCUAAAAAAUUAACACAAUUAUCAUUACAAUCAUGUGGAAUAAAAUCAAUAGAAAAUAAAUUAAAUUUUUUACAAUUAUUUCCAAAUAUUGAACGAUUAGAUUUAUCAGAAAAUUUUUUAGAAAUAUUUGAUAUUCGUCUUUAUAUAGAAUUAAAAAAAUUAAAAAUAUUAAUAUUAUCAAAAAAUAAAAUAAAACAUUUAAAUGUUGAUCAAUUUCAAUAUCAACUACAACAAUCAAUACGAGUAUCAUCAUCAUCAUCAUUACAAGAAUUAGAUUUAUCAUACAAUGGUAUUGAAACAAUUGAUGAGUAUAUAUUUGAAUUAUUUUCAUCAAACUUAGAAAUAUUAAAUUUAAGAAAUAAUGAAUUAUCUACCGAAAAACAUUUAACAUUUUUAACACAUUUAUAUCAAUUGAAAGAUUUUCUAUUAGAUUAUAAUCGAAUUGAAUAUUUAACUGAUUUAUAUUUACCUCCAACAUUAAAAGUAUUAUCAUUAAAAAAUAAUCGUUUAAAAAAAAUUGAUCUUCAAAUAUUGACAAUAAAUUUAGUUCAAUUAGAAAAAUUAUAUUUAUCAUCAAAUUAUUUACAAGAAUGGACUAGUUUAUCUAAUCAUUUAUUUCAAUCACUUGAAUUAUUAGAAUUAGAUCGAAAUCAAUUAAAAUUUCAAACAUGUACAUUUAACGGUCUUCCAAAAUUAAAACAAUUAAAUUUAGAUGGAAAUUUAUUCGAGGGAAAUAUUAAUAAUCAAUUAUUUUCAAAAUUACAAACUUUAGAACGAUUACAAUUGAGAGAUAAUAAUAUAGAAAAUAUUCAUACACAAGCAUUUCAAUUUACACGUCUACAAUCAUUGGAUUUACGGAAUAAUUCAUUGUCAUCCAUUCCGUUGUUGGUCACGUUAAAUGAUACAUUACAAACAUUAGUAUUACGUCGUAAUCGUCUAUGUACGUUAGACUAUUCUACAUUAAAAUAUUAUACUCAAUUAACAUCAAUCGAAUUAGAUCAAAAUCCACUUCAUUGUAAUUGUCUAAUGAAAAAUAUUGGAAAAUGGUUUAAAAUUGCCAAUAAACUUAAAGAAUCGACGGGAAAAUGUGAAUCACCACCAUCGAAACGAAAUGUUAAUUUAAUCGAUUUAAAUAAUAAAGAUUUAAUAUGUUCACUGCCAGAACAAACAACACCACAAUGUCAGUAUUUAAAUGAACAAGAUAGUAGAAAAGAGAUGGAUAAGGACGAUGAAGAAUCACAGACAAUAACAAUAACAACAACAACAACAACAACUGAAAAGAUAAAAAUUCCAGAAAUUGAUAAAACAUUACUCAGUAUCACAGACGAUAAAAAAUUACCUAGUCAACGUCAGUAUCGUAUGCAACUUACUACUAGUUCUACUAUAGUAUCAACAUUAAUUGGUACACUAUUGUCUACUAGUAGUUCAAUAAUACCAUCAACCACUACAACUACAACUGUAAGUUUAGACGAUGAACAUCUUCUAAUUCGUAUCAAUGAAUUAACUGUCUCAUAUGAUUCAUCAUUACGUACCAUAUUUAUUCAAUGGCAACUUCUUCCCGCAUUUUUAAACGAUUUAUUAGUUGAACAACGAGAUUAUUUAUUUUCCUAUUUAAAACGUCAAGGUAUUCAAGGUUUUAAAAUCAGUGUUAGUUUAUCAAAAUCACCUCAAAAUUAUAGACUAAGCGAACUACUUUCACCAUUACUAAGAAAUUAUACAUUUUAUGAUUAUCAAUUGAACAGUGAUCAACAAUAUGAAAUAUGUGUUAUUCUACUUAAACAAAUAAGUUAUGAAAAACAUUGUAAACAAAUUAGACAACAAUCAAAAAAACAGACGAAUGAUGAUAUUCAACGUCCAUUACCACCAUUAUCUCUAUUUACUCAUUCAGAAAAACAACAAGACAUAUUCACUCCUCUUAAAAGUCGUACAUCUUCCAUAGCUUGGUACUUGUCUGAGCCUACUCGAAGUAUACUAUUCGGUUCAAUAUUUGGUAUUUUAUUUGUCCUUAUUCUAAUUACAAUAGUCGUUCUAACUUUAACACGUUGUCCACAUUUAUUCCAUCGUCGUAAAUCAUCUCAUUCAUCACAUCAAGAUACAAAAAGUGAAACAUUACUCGUACGACCAACGCCUUCAUCAACAUGUGGUACAUGGAAUCAUCAUCACAGACCAUUAAAUUAUCAAAUACCACAACAAUUUAGUAGUCUAUCAACUCAUCGUACAUGUUCAUCAUAUGCACGUCCAAGUUAUACUAGUUCAGGAAGUAGCGGUGUAGGUAAUUGCCCCGGUGUAAAUUAUCAUAUUUAUCAAGAAAUUAAUGAUGAUUUUUCAGCAGCCAUGUCAAAUCGUCAUUUAUCACCAUCUACAUCGUCUUCUGGUACAUCAUCAUCGUCGGGAGGCAUUCACUCUCACCAUCCUCGAACUUCUGCAUGUGUUGCUCUAGGCGAAUAUUUACAUCAUAAUAGGACGUGUAAUUUAAAUAAAAAUAAAAAUAAUUCAAAUUUCGAUCAUAAUCUAACUCCCACGUCGACUAUGUCUGAACAAUGUCCACUUUGUUCAAGGCAAGCAUUAAGUGUACUAGUAUGA